GGUUGCUCUGGAUCCGCUGGUUCCGUAACAACAUCCCGUUGGCUUCCCUCAGGCGGCGGGACCUGUGUAGCCGCCGCCUUCCAGGAGCGCCUCCCCGCACCCGCAAGCUCCCCGGCCCAGGCCGCCAUGGCCACCAACCCGCAGCCGCAGCCGCCACCUCCGGCGCCGCCGCCUCCCCCGCCGCAGCCGCAGCCGCAGCCGCCGCCGCCGCCGCCGGGCCCUGGGACUGGCCCGGGCGCGGGAGGGGCGGGCGGCGCGGGGGCCGGCGCCGGGGACCCGCAGCUCGUGGCCAUGAUCGUGAACCACCUCAAGAGCCAGGGGCUUUUCGACCAGUUCCGCAGGGACUGCCUGGCCGACGUGGACACCAAGCCUGCCUAUCAGAAUCUGAGACAGCGUGUUGACAACUUUGUUGCAAACCACUUGGCUACUCAUACAUGGAGUCCCCAUCUCAAUAAGAACCAACUAAGAAACAAUAUUCGGCAACAAGUCCUCAAAUCGGGAAUGCUGGAGUCUGGUAUCGACCGAAUUAUUUCUCAGGUUGUGGAUCCAAAGAUCAACCACACAUUCAGACCUCAGGUGGAAAAAGCUGUGCAUGAGUUUUUGGCCACACUAAAUCACAAAGAGGAAGCAAGCGGCAGCACAUCUCCAGAUGAUGAGAAACCAGACUCCUCCGUUGUUACACAAGGUGUCCCUGCUCCUGGACCCAGUGCUAAUGUAGCCAAGGAUGCCAUGUCAAUCUUGGAAACUAUAACUUCUCUUAACCAGGAAGCUAAUGCUGCCAGGGCUUCAACAGAAUUGUCCAAUGCCAAGACCAAUGAGAGACUGUCUAAAAAACUCUCAUCUCAGCCAAGCAGUGACAUUAGUAUUGACAAAGAGAGAACUUCAGAGGACUUGACUGAUAAAGAAAAAACUACACCUGACACUGGAGGGGAAGGACUGGAAACAGCCCCAAAGUCAGAAGAGCAUAGUGAUCUCCCUUGUCCAGUUGAAGAAAUUAAAAACUACACAAAAGAGAACAGUAGCUUAAUUCUACUCAGUAAGGAUGUUCAGCAGGAAAAUGGUGAUCAAAAAAAUAAGUCAACAGACAAAGGUGAAAAGAAACCAGACAGCAAUGAGAAAGGAGAAAGAAAGAAAGAAAAGAAAGAAAAGACUGAAAAGAAACUUGAUUACUCAAAAAGAAGUGAAGAUACACAAAAAGUAAAAGAUGAAAAACAAACAAAGGAAAAAGAAGUAGACAGUUCAAAACUUCCUUCAGAAAAGAACAAAACCAACACUGUUGAAGGGGCGAGAGAAGAUUGCUCUUUGAUAGAUUCUGAUGUGGAUGGACUUACAGACAUCACAGUUAGCUCUGUCCAUACCAGUGACCUUUCUUCUUUUGAAGAAGACACUGAGGAGGAAGUGGUAAUGUCUGAUAGCAUGGAAGAAGGAGAGAUUACAUCUGAUGAUGAAGAAAAGAACAAACAGAACAAAACAAAAACUCAAACCAGUGAUUCUAAUGAAGGAAAACCAAAAAGUGUACGGCAUGCUUAUGUUCACAAACCAUACCUUUACUCGAAGUACUAUAGUGAUUCUGAUGAUGAGCUUACUGUGGAACAGCGACGACAGUCUAUUGCUAAAGAAAAAGAAGAGAGACUUUUAAGAAGGCAGAUUAAUAGAGAGAAACUUGAAGAAAAGCGAAAACAGAAAGCAGAAAAGACAAAGUCUUCCAAAGCCAAAGCCAAGGGAAAAAGUCCUGUGGACUUCGAAGAAUCAUCAACAAAGAGUUUGGAACCAAAAGCCCCCAGAAUUAAAGAAGUCCUUAAAGAACGGAAAGUUUUAGAGAAAAAAGUAGCCUUAAAAAAGAGAAGAAAGGAUUCAAGGAAUGUUGAAGAGAAUUCCAAAAAGAAACAGCAGUCUGAAGAAGAUUCCAAAGAAACCUUCAAAACAAAUGAGCACUGUGAAAAGGAAAAGACAUCUUCUUCAAAGGAGCUGAAGCAUGCUUAUGCAAAAAGUGAACCAAGUAAACCUGCCCGGAGACUUUCAGAGUCUUUGCAUUCAGCUGAUGAAAACAAGAAUGAAUCCAAAAUUGAAAGAGAACAUAAAAGACGGACAUCUACCCCUGUGGUUAUGGAAGGAGCACCAGAAGAAACUGACACCAGAGAUGGAAAAAGACAAACAGAACGCUCAGAAAUUGCCAUGGAAGAACCCCAGAAACAGAAGAGCACACUUAAAAAUGAAAAGCAUUUGAAGAAAGAUGAUUCUGAAACACCACAUUUGAAAAGCUUACCUAAGAAAGACGUGAAAUCCUCCAAGGAGAAGCCAGAAAAAGAGAAAACUCUGUCAGAAGAGAAAUCAUCUAUGAAACAUAAAUAUAAAGGUGACAGUAUGCAUAAAGCAGGUGAUGAGACUGAACUUCACUCUUCUGAGAAAAGUUUAAAAGUAGAGGAAAAUAGUCAAAAGCAAAGUCAACAAACGAAGCUUUCUUCAGAUGAGAAAGCUGAAAGAAAAAGUAAACAUAGAAAUGAAAGGAAAUUAUCAGUUUUAGGCAAAGAUGGAAAGCCAGUUUCUGAAUAUAUUAUAAAAACAGAUGACAAUGUACGAAAAGACAACAACAAAAAAGAGAGACAUCUGUCUACUGAGAAAACUAAGGUAGAACACAAGUCAAGAAGAUCAAGUGAUUCUAAAAUUCAGAAAGAUUCUCUAGGUUCCAAGCAACAUGGUGUCACAUUACAGCGAAGAAGUGAAAGUUAUUCAGAAGAUAAGUGUGAUACAGACACGACUAAUUUAGAUAGCAAUUUAAAACCAGAAGAGGUUGUUCACAAGGAGAGGCGAAGAACAAAGAGCUUGUUGGAAGAGAAGCUUGUGUUGAAGUCUAAAUCAAAAGGUCAGGGCAAACAAUUAAAAAUUGCUGAAACAGAAUUACAAGACAACGUCACAAAACAGAUGACAAUUCCAAAACCAGAUAAGGAGAAGAACACAGAAGAAAAUGACUCAGAAAAACAGCGCAAAUCUAAAGUUGAAGACAAACCUAUAGAAGAAACGGGUGUUGAGCCUGUAUCAGAAAGUGCUGCUGCUUCGGCACAUAGUACACAAAGGGACUCUAGUCACCGAACUAAGUUACCACCAGCAAAAGAGAAGUCUAAGGGGGAGAGGGACUCAGGCUCCUCCAGACUCGACAGGAAGCUAUCAGAUGGGCACAAAAACAAAAGCUUAAAGCAUGGCAGCAAAGAUAUGAAAAAAAGAGAAGAAAACAAAUCAGAUGACAAGGAUGGUAAAGAAGUUGACAGUAAUCAUGAAAAGGCCAGAGGAAAUGGUUCAGUCCUAGAAAAGAAAUUGAGUAGAAAGUUGUGCGAAAAUCGAAGAGGAAGCUUAUCACAAGAAAUGACUAAAGGAGAAGAAAAAUUAGCAGCAAACACACUGGGCACUCCCAGUACUUCUUCCCUUCAGAGACCAAAAAAAUGUGGUGACUCCACAUCAAUGCCUGAGCAAGAGCCAAUGGAAAUUGAUUCUGAGGCAGUUGUCGAAAACGUACUGGAAGUGUCUAAACCCCAGGACAGCAGCAAUAGUAGUUCUCAGCAUGACCUCGACUCUGAAAAUGUUACAAAACAAAAAACUGCUACCACAGUUCUAAAGGAUGAGUUAAGAACUUCCACAGUAGAUUCAAAAACAGCAGGUACAGCCUGCAAACCAGGGCGUGGAACAGGCGUUACUGGCAAUUCUGAAAAGCAUGCUGACCAUAAUAAAAGCACCUUGACCAAGAAAAUGCAUAUCCAAAGUGCUGUAUCUAAACCAAAUCCUGGGGAGAAAGAGCCCAUUCGAGGAACUCAUGAAGUGAACGUGGACUCCAAGACAAGCCAGAAAAUGUUCCCUAGUGUCCCAUCAGAAAAUGAUAGGCCACAAAAGAAUUUGAAAAGCAUAGCCAGACCCACUGAAGAAUGUGUUACUCAAGGAGAUGCUGCUGUUGAACAUUCCACAGAUGUAGACCCCUCAUUAUCUUUAGGUUCAAUGACUGUUAUGCCUCAGAAAGAAUUUCAUGACUCAGCUGUGAUUCCUCUAGUUGACAGAACUGUUUUAGGAGGCAGCACAGCCAGCCCCUCCCUUGUGAAUCGCUCUCAUAUCCCUAACCAAAGCUUGACUGCUAGGAGAUCAGAAGCCCCUAGGACAAGUGACAGCAAAGAAGGCGGCAAAGCUUCCAUAGUAGACACACCAGCAAAAGUAAGUGUGGCCAGCAAAAGACACAUUCCAGAAGGUUACCAGGACACUUCCUUGGACAGCAAACAGGGAAAAGUGAACACAUCUCUUGCUAGCAAGUCAUCGGACAUGAUUGUGGAAAAUGAGAAUUUUAGUAAAGAAGGUGGAUUGAUAGACACAACCAAGCAAGAAAGUGACUUAAGUGCAGAGUCCAGUUUAAAGCAGACAGGUAGAGCUACAGUAGAAAAUGGCAAGAAGGAUGGCGUUGCUGUCAGUCUUGUGGCAGACAUGAGUACGGGAAACGAUGCUGAAACCGUGGCACUUAAGCAUAAUAGAGUCCCAGCUGAAAUUAAAAAUCUAUCAGUUGAUGCCGAAAGGAGUGAAAUCAGUGAGGUGGACACCAGUGCUGGGGGCAGUGCUGCCUCCUCGGUCUUGCAGCAGAGGAAUGGAAAACCUGAGAAUUUGGUGACUGGCGCUCGAGGAGCAGAAAGGGCUUCUGUUGCCACGAGUACUGAAGAGAAGGACAAAGGCAUUGACUUAAAUCCAAUAAAGACUGGGGAUGCCACUACUACUUCUUCAGAAACAGGAGAACGUGGGGUAGCUUUUCCCUGCACCAGCAUUGAGGCAGACGAAGGCUUCGUAGUAGGUGCAUGCCCCAUAAACAAUCCCCUCCUGGGCCAGGUGGAAGCCAGCGAAUGCACUGUUUUUGCUGCAGCUGAAGAGGGUGGGGGUGUUGUCACAGAAGGAUUUGCUGCAAGUGAAACUUUCCUCACAAGUACUAAGGAAGGAGAAAGUGGAGAGUGUUCUGUGGCUGAGUCGGAAGACAGAGCAGCAGGUCCCGUGACUGCUCAUACAGUUAAAAGUGAAGCCAGUAUGAACAGUGUUGCCGUAGAAGAAAAAGAUGAUGCCGUAACCAGUGCAGGUUCUGAAGAAAAAUGUGAUGGUUCUUCAAGCACAGACCCUGAAAUAGUUGAAGGAACUGGGACUUUUAUUAGUGAAAUUGAAAGUGAUGGUGCAGUUACAAGUGCCGGGACAGAAAUAGGAAUGGGAUCUAUGAGCAGUGAAGAGAUUGAUAGGUCCCAGGGAAAUAGGACAAGAAUGGGUCCCAAGAAAGAAACGGAGGGCACCGUGACUUGUACAGGAGCAGAAGGCAGAAAUGAUAACUUUGUUAUCUGCUCAGUAACUGAGGCAGGGCCCCAGGAGGAGCGCAUGGUUACAGGGGCAGAUGUGGUUCUAGUAGAUAAUGACACACCCCCAGGAAUAAGUGCCAACCAAGAAGGAGACGGUUCAGUGAAUGACGGUGCUGAAGGUGAGAGUGCGGUUACCAGCACAGGCAUAACGGAAGAAGAUGGAGAGGGACCAGCAAGCUGCAUGGGCUCAGAAGAUAGCGGUGAAGGCUGUGCUAUAAGUUCUGAAACAGAAGAAAAUGGAGAGGGUGCAAUGGACAGCACAGUAGCCAAAGAAGUCACUAAUGCACCAUUAGUUGCUACUGGUCCCUGCGAUGACGAAGGCAUUGUGACCAGCACAGGUGCAAAAGAGGAGGAUGAUGAGGGGGAGGGCAUUGUGACUAGUACCGGAAGAGGAAAUGAAAUUGGACAUGCUUCAACUUGCACAGGAAUAGGAGAAGAAAGUGAAGGGGUGUUGAUUUGUGAAAGUGCAGAAGGGGACAGUCAGAUUGGUCCUACGGUGGAGCAUGUGGAUGCUGAGGCUGGGGCAGGCAUCAUGAAUGCAAAUGAAAGUAACAUUGAUAGCAUGAGUGGUGCAGAAAAGGAAAUCAAAGACACGGAGAUCUGCUCCAGUGCUAAAGGGAUUGUAGAAAGCAGUGUGACCAGUGCAGUUGCCGGAAAGAGUCAAGUGGCACCAAUUCCACAAGGUUGUGAGGAUCUCAUGACUAGUGCAACUUCUGAUCAAAGUGAUAGUCAUCUCACCAGGAAAGAAAAGGUUGACGAUACCAGUAUUUCUACUGGCCUUGUUGGGGGCAGUCAUGAAAUUCUUAUAUUUGGGGCAGUCCCAGAAUGUGAAGUUGACCACACAUCUCCAAGUGAGAAAGAAGAUGAGAGCAUCAUCACCUCUGUAGAAAAUGAAGAGUGUAAUGGCCUCAUGACUGCUACAGCUGGUGGCAAUAUUUCCAACCAAGAUGAUUUAGCUGGGGGUAAAAGUCAAGGGAAAGGCUUGAUGAUUUCCACCAGUACAAGUGAUUACACCUCUCAGGUGAGCACAGUUGUAGACAUGGGAGAAGGGCAUUCACGUAGUCUGAGAACUGAGGAAAAUUUGGAAGGCACUAGAAUAAACUUGGAAGAAUUUGAGGCCCCCAUGCCCAGUGCAGUUUCAGGUGAUGAAAACCAACUCACAGCUAGGAGUUGUGAAGAGAAAGAUGAGUGUGCUAUGAUUUCUACAAGUAUAGGGGAAGAAUUUGAAAUGCCUAUUUCUAGUGCAACAACCAUCAAAUGUGCGGAAAGUCAGCAGCCAGUUGCAGUAGUUGAAGAGAGAGCUAAAGGUCCAGUGUUGGUAAGCACUGAGGACUUUGAGGUCCCUAUGCCCAGUGCUCCCACAGAAGUUGAAUGUCCUCUUGCCUCAACCAGCAAGGAAGACAAAGACGAAUGUGCUCUCAUUUCCACCAGCAUAGCAGAAGAAUGUGAGGCCUCUAUUUCUGGUGUAAGUGAAAAUGCACAAUCCAUUACAGAUGGGAGUGCUAUUAUCUCAACGAGCUCUGUGGAAGAUUGUGAAGGCCCCGUGUCAAGUGCCGUCCCUCAGGAGAAAGUCCGUGCCCCAGUCACACCAGUGGAAGAGUCAAGUGACACCACCAUGAUUUCCACAAGCACUUCUGAAGGGUGCGAAGCAGUCAUGAUUGGUGCUGUCCCUGCAGAUGAAGACCAGGCCACCACUGCAAGGGUAGAAGACUCAGGUGAUGCUGCCAUCAUCUCCACCAGCACGGCAGAGUGUGUGCUGAUGGUCACCAGCCUAGACAGACCCAAGGAGAGUCAGCUGGCUGCAAGCAAAUCAGAAGGUAAUGAUGGCCUGCCAAAGGUGAGCAGGUGCGAGAUCCCCUUGCCAAGCCUCAUUGCUGAGAAUAACCGUCAGCGUCCUGGGCCGUUCACAGGAGGCAAAGAAGCAGGCCCCCGGUUGGCAGUGAGCACCCAGGAAGGGCACAAUCGACUGUCACUUUGUGAGCCCUCCAGAGAGCAAAGCCAGCCAAGAACUGAAGCUAUAGAAGAGGAAGACAGACAUGACAAGGACUGCCCUGUUCAGGGCUCAUUUGCAGCAAGAGGACAAAAUGAAAACACUUUGCACCUCAUAAAUGUAGAAGAGAAGAAUGUAAUGUUGAGCUCCAUUCAGAGAAAAGACGAAAGCCCAGAGAAAGAGACAGUAGGAGGCAGUAGCACUACCAGCUGCUCUCCAGCAGGAAGGGGCUCAGAAAAAAGCGCCACCUCCUCCGUCCAUCUGAGAGGACUGCAGCAGAGGGCUGGAGACAUCUCUGUCAGUAUUUGUUCUUUGUCAGCAGUAAAUACCGGUGCUAAAAAGGCUGAUGACAUGCUACCUGUCAAAGACACUGCCCCAGAGUAUUCUAAUCCUCCUGACCAGCAGGAGCAGGAGGGCAACUUGAAAACUACCACCACCAAAUGUAUUACUGGCCAAGAGUCAAAAAUUGCUUCCUCCCACCCAGUGAGCCUUCCAGCUGCCAGCCAUGUAGCUCAGUCCUUGGCUUUAAAAUGUGGGAAGGACUUGACCACAAAGAGUGAUCAUAGCAGUAAACAGGCUGUGGAAGCUUCUACUGAGAAAACAGGUCAUGGGAAUGGCACACAGAGGUCAUUGCAUGGAGAAGGAAACGUAGAGGAUGCUGUUUGUGUCGAACCCAGCGUGUGUGACAUAGGUAAUGAAGAGUCUCCACCAAAAGUUUUGGAAGGAGCAGAACUGUCAACCCACUUCAAAACAGAGAUACUUGUGUCUUCAGGGAAAGAGAAACAUCAGAACGUUCUAGCACCACCAGGGACUGUGUGUGGAGCUGAACUACAGAAGGAGCUUUCAUCAGUGAAUGAAUCCCUAAAUGUUGAAAAUUCAGGCUCAAGAGCAAAUGAAGAAGUUCAUAAUGAAUCUUACAAAAAAUCAGGGAUAUCCAGUGGUGGAAAAGACAACACAGAAGCCAUAAGAGGUCACAGUGUUGAAGCAAAUUCUAAAGAGGUCGAAGAGGAAGAAAGGCAUAUUCCUAAAAGAAAAAGAAAGAAGAAUUAUGCUUCCUCAGAAGAUGAACUGGAUGGUAAUUCAGAUGUCCUGGAUUCCAGAAUAGAAACAACACAGAAACAGUGCUCUGAAACUGAGCCACAAGACACAAAGGAAGAAAAUUCUGGAGACUUGGACGAAGUAUCCAAAACAAAUUCCAAGACAAACAGCACUGCUUCAAGGACCAUGGAAGAAAAAGAUGAACUUAGCAGCAGUGAGGCUACCAGUGAAAAACCAGAGCAGAAUGAAGAUGAUAGCAUCAAAUCACAGGAGGAAGAUCAACCAAUUAUUAUUAAAAGGAAAAGAGGAAGACCUCGUAAAUACCCUGUAGAAACAGCAUUAAAAACGAAAGAUGACUCCAAAACAGAUACUGUCAUUGCCACUGUAGAACAUUCUCCACCUAGCAGCAAACUGAAAAUGAUGCAAACAGAUGAAUCCAAUAAAGAAACAGCUACCCUACAAGAGAGAAGUAUAAGCAAUGACGAUGGUGAUGAGAAAACCGUGGCAAGCGCACGUCGGAGAGGAAGGAAGCCCAAGCGCUCGCUCACUCUGUCGGACGAUGCUGAAUUCUCAGAGCCAGAAAGAAAACGCCAGAAAUCAGUUUCUGAAGCAACUGAAGACAAAAAAGAUCAGGAGUCUGAUGAGGAAGAGGAAGAAGAGGAAGAGGAAGAGCCCCUUGGAGCCACCACAAGAUCCACCACUAGAUCAGAGGCACAGAGAUCAAAGACACAGCUCUCCCCUUCCACCAAACGCAAGAGAGAAGUCAGUCCUCCUGGAGCCCGGACAAGAGGCCAGCAGAGGGUCGAGGAAGCCCCUGUGAAGAAGGCGAAGCGAUAAUCCUGACACUGCGUCCCUGACGCUUGAGGAUCGCAGUGGAGAGAAGAGGGGAUCGUCCUCGUGGGCCGUAGGCUUGUUUUUUUUCCCAACCAAGAAAAGGAUAUGCAUGUGCUAUAAGUUCCUAGGUGCAAGCUUUUUCUUGUUAUGUUUUAAACAGCUUUAUAAACUAUUGUUCAUAGAAGAUACUAUGUACAUUUAUUUCAGAUAAAGGAAAAUAAGUUUACUUUGUAUCUGAACUCAAAACAAAGUAGUUGUAUAUUUUAACAUUCAAAAUUGGGAUUUCCCAAUGUGACACAUCACUAAUGCAAACCCUUCCAGCCAUCAGACACCAGGCUGCCCACUGGUGAUCUGUGUAUAGUAUAUGAACAUGUAAAAAUAGGUUGUAUUUUACUCUAUGUAUGAUGCUAAUCAAUGAACACUUUAUUUAUUUUACAGAGAAAACUUAUUGGUGAACUUUACUAUAUCUGUUUAUUUUAUUUUAUUAUUUUUUUUUAAUAAAAAAGGGUUUUAAAUGCUAUGCAGUCAUUAGUAGAAAAUUUUUAGGACUCUGCCUGCCCUUUGACUAUCUGAACAUGACCUGGCAGGAAACACAGACAUUCUCGCAUGUAUCCAAGUAAAGUAGCUGAGCUGAAGAAGGGUCUCCAUUGCUUUUCUGUUCACAGUCGUGACUGUUUUUAAGAACCUAACUCGUUUUUAGAUUGUAUUUGCAUCCGUGACUUUACCACCAGCCCUGCUGAUGGUAGAGAGCCUGGAUCAGGUAAGGUGACAUGCCACCUCCCGCAGUGGGGCUCCUCUGCAGGUGUCCAUUCCUCUCUUCCCGCUGUUCCGAAGCUUCUACCAAUAUUCUUUCCAUAUCUUUUUCAGUAAAGAGAAACGCAUCGAAUGUUAGGUCACUCCUGUCUAUUCAGCUUCAGAAUUUUAUGUUGUUUUAUAUACAAUUAUUUCAGAAUAGAAACUGGUUUUAUUGCCAGGUUCUUUUUUAAACAUGUUUUAACUCCCAUAUGAACAAACUGUCCAAUUUAAGUUUUUCAUAAACUUUUCUUAAGGUCAAAUUUGUCUCUUGCAAUGAUGUGAUGAGUUGCCAAAUAAUUGAGAUUAUUUUAAAAUGUUUUGUUCAUAUUCUUGUUUUAUAAUUAAAAUUUACAUUCAGUGUGUGUGGGUUUUUUGUUAUUUUUUGUUUGUUUUGUUUUUUGGCUCAAUGUAA